AUGAUGGCUGAACAACCGCUUUAUAUUGGCGUUGAUCUUGGAACAAAUAGCGUCAAGAUAUGCAUUAUAGACAAAAAAAAUAAAUCUUUUAGAGUUAUUGAAGAAAAAAGUGCCCCACAUAACGCUUGGAUCACACCAAAAAAUGCCAAUGAAUCUCGACAAGAUGCUGAAAAAAUCAUCUUCACUGCUAUUCAUCUCUUGAAGUCGUUGCAAGAGCAUAUUAAAGGGCAGUUCGAUCAAGUAAAUAUUUGUGUGACAGGUCAAAUGCACGGAAUUGUCUUAUGGAAUGCAGAAUCCCUUGUUCAAGGCAAGUUUCGUUGCUCAUCUUUAAUAACUUGGAUGGAUUCAUCCAUACCAACGGAAUUUAUUCUUAAGCUACCAAAAUGGCGAGAAGGCGAAUUACACCAAGGUUAUGGUAUGGUAACACUUGCAUGGUUGCAUAAAAACCAUCUUAUUGACAUCCACUGGAACCGAUGUGGUACGAUUAUGGAUAUGUUUAACUGCUAUAUCACUCAAAAAGACGAAUGUAUUAUGGGAAUACAAACUGCUUUCAGCUGGGGUUAUUGCGAUUAUUUUGGGAGAUGGACUGUUCAGGAUGGCAUUGUUCCUAUGUCAUUACUUCCACGGAUUUCCUUUCGACUUCGAAGAAUCGGUGUAGUUGGACUAGCGGAUAUGGGUAUUGCUCGUAAAGCUAAUGUAUUUGUAUCAACGGGUGACCUUCAAUGUACAGCAGCUCCAGUUCAUUCCGGAUGCGCAGGUUUAAAUUUGGGUACUUCGGCUCAAUUAUUUUGUCGGAUGUCAUAUGGCUACCGCAUUGAAAAAUUACCGUCAUCGUCUUUAAUUGAGAUUCCAUUCUUUAAUCAACAACGAUUGCUUGUUGCUGCAUCACUGAAUGGAGGAAAUUCUAUCGAACUAUUGGCUAAGGCAAAACCUAGGGAAAAGCCAACAUGCUCGGUGCAGCCAACAUUCUAUGGUGAACGUGAUGCCAAUAUUCUAGCUGCUAUUACCAAUUUGCAACCAAAGACUUCUAUCUCUGAUGUAAACACUCUUGAAGCUUAA